UCUGCAGUUAUUUAAAUGCCAAAAAUUCAUUCAUUCAAAACCCAAACUCCCUCCCAGCCAUGGCUAUCUUCAACUUCCAAAUCCUGCUAUAUUCUCUCUCCAUAUCCUUCUUCUGCAUUCUAUUUCCUCAAACAACUUCACUCACCUCCAUCCGCUUCAACCUGACUAACUUAGACCUUCAAGAUCAAAACGCCAACAUAACAACAUUUGGAAAUGCCGCUUUCUCAACCCAAGGCCUCCAACUCACCGAUCUGGUGCCGAGCCAAGUCGGUAAAGCAACUUACAUCGAUCUCCUUCACCUUUGGGAUAAUUCCACUUCCACUCGAAACUUAACAGAUUUCUCUACCCAUUUCGUUUUUGUGUGUGAUUCGGAGAGGAAUACCUGUUUCGCCGAUGGUUUCGCCUUCUUUCUCGCUCCAUAUGGGUCAGUUUCCGCAGGUGGUGGUGCAAUGGGCCUCCCACUUAAACCAGAUAAUUUGAGAGAACGCUCUGACCCUUUUGUUGCUGUGGAGUUUGAUACGUUCUGGAAUCCUGACGGUUGGGAACCGCCAAAUGUCGGCCAGUAUCCUCAUGUAGGUAUCGAUGUCAAUUCUCUUGCAUCAAAUGUUAGUGCCGUUUGGUACGCUGACAUAAUUAAUGGGAUCCAGAAUGAGGCUUGGAUUAGUUAUAAUUCAAGUUCAAAAAGUUUAACGGUAGUUUUUUCUGUUUCAACUAAUACUACUAGAGUUAAUGAUACCAUUAAUUUAAUUAUUGAUCUGAGGGAUUACUUACCUGAAUGGGUGACAUUUGGGUUCUCAGCUGUAUCAGGGCCGUUUUGUUAUGAAAAAAAUACUCUAAAAUCAUGGGAAUUUAGUACAAGUUUGGAAAUUAAGAGGAAUGUUGCAGAUCCAGUGAAAUUUGGAUCGAAAAAAAUCUCCAUUGGAGCUGUAGUGGGAUUGGUUGUCGGUCCGGUUGUUUUAGUUGGUGGGUUUGUUUUGAUUGGAUUUGGCUUUUGGAGGAGAAGUAGAGCAAAAGAAGAGGAUGAGUUUGAAGUUGAGAUGUCCAUGGAAAACGAAUUCGAGUCCGGUAGUGGGCCGAAGAAAUUUUCCUACAGCCAAUUAUCUCGGGCGACAAAUAACUUUGGGGAUGGACAAAAGCUUGGAGAGGGAGGUUUCGGUGGAGUUUAUAGAGGUUUCUUGAGGGAAUCGAAUUCUUAUAUUGCUGUCAAGAGGAUAUCAAAGGGGUCAAAACAAGGGAUAAAGGAGUACGCAACGGAAGUAAAGAUCAUUAGCCGGUUGAGGCAUAGGAAUUUGGUGCAACUCAUCGGUUGGUGCCACGAAAAGAAAGAACUACUACUUGUUUAUGAAUUCAUGGAAAAUGGCAGCUUAGAUUUCCAUCUCUUCCUAGGGAAAAGCCUGUUGACAUGGGGAACAAGGUAUAAAAUCGCCCAAGGUUUGGCCUCAGCGUUGCUUUAUCUACACGAAGAAUGGGAGCAAUGUGUAGUGCAUAGAGAUGUAAAAUCAAGCAAUGUGAUGUUGGACUCGAACUUCAACGCCAAAUUGGGAGAUUUCGGGUUAGCUAGAUUUGUCGAUCACGAGAAACAACCCGAAACAACUCUUUUGGCGGGGACCAUGGGGUACUUGGCACCAGAAUGUUUUGUAACAAGUAAAGCUAGUAAGGAAUCAGAUGUCUACAGUUUUGGUAUCGUGGCGUUAGAAAUAGCUUGCGGGAGAAAAUCUCUUGAUUCGCAGGUGCCAGAGUCUCAACUGAGGCUGGUGGGAUGGGUUUGGGACCUCUAUGGAAUGGGAAGGUUACUCGAAGCAGUGGACGCAAAACUCGGCUCAGAUUUUGAUGAGCAAGAAACCGAACGAUUGAUGAUUGUAGGUCUUUGGUGUGCUCACCCAAAUCACAAUUUCCGGCCAAAAAUCAGAGAUGCAAUUCAUGUGCUAAAUAAUUUUGAAGCCCCAUUGCCCAUUCUCCCACCCAAACUGCCCGUGCUAUCAUUUUCCUCUCUCCCAUUGCAAAAUACCACCACCAGUUCUGACACCAACCAAAACCAAUUUCCAAGCAACUUAGAUUCUUCUAAGUUCAUUUCAUCUUCUACUGCUUCAUCUUCAUCAAUAAAAGUCUUCAAUAAAGAGUAAGGGGCUGUUCGGUGCCAGUUUUUUUAGUUUAAGGAUUGUGGAUUGUAGAUUUUUGAAUUAUAAUGAGAGUCUGUAAAUUGGUUACAAAUACUAUGUGUAGUCCAUUUUCUUCCUAUUUGUCUUGGUAUUUUUUUUUAUUUCAUGAUUCUAAUAAUUAAUUGUUAGAGGUUGUGUAGAUUGGCUUUUAAUUUAGUCUCCAAGUUGGG